AUGAAGUUCACUCGUGCUACUGUUUUAGCCUUUGCUGCAUUGUCAAUGGCAGCUCCAGCUUUUGAUGAAAAACUCCAAAAGAAGAGAGAUGGAGAAAAUUGUGAUGAAACUAGAGUUCAUUCCCAUCACAAACAUAAGAGAGCUGUCGUUUACGAUUAUGCUUAUGUUACUGUUACUGUUGAUGCUAAAGGUAACCCAGUUACCACUGAAAGUGCUGUCACUUCAGUUGCUUCAACUGCUGAAACUGAUGAAACCUCAUCUACUUCAACUGAUGUCUCAUCAACUACUACCAUUGUUCUUGAUGAAUCUUUGACUUCUAAUGAACCAAAGACUUUAUCUCUUGGUACUGGUACUGUCACCAGAUCUACCAGUGAAGAAACUUCUGCUGAAACUUCCAGCUCUAGUGGUUCAUCAAGUGGUUCUGAUAAUGGAAUCUAUGGUGAUUUAUCUGCUUUCAGUGAUCCAACUGAAGAAUUCGAAGAUGGUGUUUUAUCUUGUGAUGAAUUCCCUGUUGGUCAAGGUGUUAUUGCUUUAGAUCACUUGGGUUUCGGUGGUUGGUCCGGUAUUUACAACUCUGAUACCUCAACUGGUGGAAGUUGUAAAGAAGGUUCUUACUGUUCUUAUGCUUGUCAAAGUGGUAUGUCCAAGACUCAAUGGCCUGAAGAUCAACCAUCUAAUGGUGUUUCUGUUGGUGGUUUACUCUGUAAGAAUGGUAAAUUAUACAAGACCAACUCAAGAUCAAACUACUUGUGUGAAUGGGGUGUCAACAAAGCCAAUGUUGUCAGUAAAUUGAGUAAAUCCGUUGCUAUUUGUAGAACUGAUUACCCAGGUACCGAAAAUAUGGUUAUUCCAACUGUUGUUGAUGGGGGCUCCUCUUCAGUUAUUACUGUUGUUGAUCAAGACACUUACUACACCUGGAGAGGUGGUGCUACUUCUGCUCAAUACUAUGUUAACAAUGCUGGUGUUGCUUGGAAAGAUGGUUGUCUCUGGGGUACUGCUGGAUCUGGUGUUGGUAACUGGGCUCCAUUGAACUUUGGUGCUGGUUAUGCUGAUGGUGUUGCUUACUUGUCUUUGAUUCCAAAUCCAAACAACUAUGAUUCUUUGAACUUUAACGUCAAGAUUGUUGCUCAAGAUGGUGCUUCUGUCAGUGGUUCUUGUGUUUACAAAGAUGGUAAGUACAAUGGUAACGGUUCCGAUGGUUGUACUGUUGGUGUUACUUCUGGUGCUGCUAGUUUCGUCUUGUAUGAAUAA